GCUCUGCGACGGCGGCUGAGGAGGGCCAAGGUUCGCGGCCCGCCCGGCGCUAUGGAGGCGGCGGCGCCGGUCCCAGCCGCUCCGGCGGUCCCAGCCGCUCCGGCGGCCUCCUCCAGCGCCUUGGUGCCGGCUGCUGCCGCCGCCACCGCCCUAGCGACGGUGAAGGAGGCGACUCCGCCGACCGCUAAGCGCCCGAAGAAGAUCCUGGAUGAGGACGCCUACAUCGAGAGCCUGGAGAAGAUCAUCCAGAGAGACUUCUUCCCGGACGUGGAGAAGCUGCGAGCGCAGAAGGAGUAUCUGGAGGCUGAAGAAAAUGGGGACUUGGAGAAGAUGAGACAAAUUGCUAUCAAGUUUGGCUCCUCCCUGGGCAGGUCAUCAAGGGACACACCUGCACCCUAUGUUACUCCAGCCACUUUUGAAACCCCAGAAACGCAUCCAGGUGGCCUUCCACUAGGGAAUAAAUCCAAAGCUGGAACCAAAGCUACAGAGGAAGGAGAAGCAGAAAAAGAAGAUAAAGAUGCACUUCCCAGUCUGGAUACCUUCUUAGCAAAACACACCAGUGAGGAUAAUGCUUCAUUUGAGCAGAUCAUGGAAGUGGCCAAGGAGAAGGAGAAGGUCAAGCAUGCUUGGUUGUACAGUGCAGAGGAGGAGUACACCCAGCGACGGACUGAGAACUUGGCACUGCCUUCAGCAGAGCAGCAGGCUCUGGAGAGCGUGAAAGCUGGGCUGGAGACCUGGGAGUACAAAGCUCGCAACACCCUCAUGUACUACCCAACAGGUGUGCCUGAGGAGGAGGAGGUGUUCAAGAAGCCCAGGGAGGUCGUCCAUCGGAACACUCGCUUCGUGAAGGACCCAUUCAGCCAGGCCCUGAGCAAGUCACAGCUCCAGCAGGCUGCAGCCCUCAACGCUCAGUACAAGCAGGGCAAGGUUGGACCAGAUGGGAAGGAACUGAUACCUCAGGAGUCUCCAAAAGUGAAUGGAUAUGGAUUUGUGGCUACCCCCUCUCCUGCCCCUGGUGUGACUGAGUCUCCUUUUAUGACCUGGGGGGAGAUUGAGAGCACUCCUCUGCGCCUGGAGGGGUCAGAAACGCCCUACGUGGACAGAACCCCAGGACCAGCCUUCAAGAUCCUGGAGCCUGGGCGCCGUGAGAGGUUAGGACUGAAGAUGGCCAAUGAAGUGGCAGCUAAGAACCGAGCAAAGAAGCAGGAGGCUCUUCGGAAGGUGACAGAGAACUUGGCCAGCCUCACUCCUAAAGGGCUCAGCCCAGCCAUGUCCCCAGCUUUGCAAAGAUUGGUCAACAGGACUGCCAGCAAAUACACCGACAAGGCGCUGCGAGCCAGCUACACCCCUUCCCCUGCCCACUCAGGAACUCCUGGCUACAAGACCCCAGCAAAUGGGCCUCAGACCCCCACGGGCACCCCACAGGCUAGGACAGUAUCACAGACACCAGUAUCUCAGGAUACUACAUCAAUCACAGACAAUUUGCUGCAGCUUCCUAAGAGGAGGAAGGUUUCUGAUUCCUUCUGAGCCUUCCAGUCAGCAGCAAGUGCUCAGCUGCCUGAGGGCUGGAUGCUGAGAGCUGACCUCUGUGUCUUGAGACAGCUGCCAGCACACCAGCCAGUGGCUACACGACGUGGGACCAGUGCUACUCUUGCUACAUAGCUAAAACAGGCAGUGGGGUGCUUCUUUGGAAGCAGAGUGUCUCCUGCUGUGGUCUAACUUCCCUUUGAACUGCAUGGGAGGGAUGCAUAGGGCUGCUGUAGAGCAGAUCCUGGACUCUGGGAGGACAGGGCUAGUUCUGUAAAGAUCAGUUUCUCUUUCCGAGGUGGCUGUGCACUUCAAUGUGUUUCUGUACAGGUACAGCUAUUUAUAAAGUGUGGAAUCCUUCCUAAAA